AUGUCGAAAUACGAAAACACAGGAAUUACCAUCUCAUCAAUAAUUAUUCUUCAUGGGUUAUCAUCAGUCACACCUGUACAUGUAAAGAGUGUUUUGAAAAGUUCUCGAGCGAAAAAUGAACGACCACCAAUAACGAGACAAGAGAAUCAAUUUGGAAAUAAAUCCGUGAAUUUUCACGAACAAGUAGAAGUUAAAUUACGAACACCAACGCCCAAUUCUCGACAUGAUCUACAAGUAUCGAAUCCUUUUCGAUCACAUUCCUCCACAAAUGAUGCUGACAACGAUGAUUCGUCUUCCCUUGGCACGUCGAUUCCAUCGCCAGAUGAAAUUCAUCAUCCUGUUCUGCAACGAAAUCAUCCGAAUACUUUUUGGCAUAAGAAUAACUCAGUCACUAUUUUACCUACGGAUGAAUAUGGUUUAGAUCAUCCAGACGUUUAUGCCUCACAAACAUCGAUCAAUGCUCCAGGAAGAACAUUUCGAAUACGACGCCGUGUUCAAUCUGUAGAACCUAAACCAUCUGAAACUAUCCUUCCAGUGGCGUCAACUCAUCGGCCAAAGGUACAAUCGGCGUCUUUUUCUGUUCAACGACCAUUACCGAAUACGAAUGCUGUGCUUGUCGAACAUCGUACGCCAAUGUCGAGUAUGGAUUCAGCACCUCAACCAGCGUACUAUGCGUUUACUCGACGACCAGUCGAUAACACGCGUUCCAGAAGGACAAAGAAUUCUACUAUUGAUGAGAAAUGA